AAUAUGUAUAUAUGGGUGUGUACAUACGAGAGUACUUCAGAGAAUUAAUGGAAGGAUAAAUAGUAUCUCUUAAUUCUAUUUUCCCACGAACCUUUUGAAGCACACACACAGGUAUAUGGUAGGACUAACUUACUUUGCAUGGUUUUUGUGAAGAUUAGGUGGAGCAUUAAGCACUGUGUUUGGCAUAUAGAAAGCACUAAAUAAGGGUUACUUAUACAAAAAUAGCAUUUUUCUCUGUGGUUUGUGGUUUUGAUUUUAAAAAUUCUAACAGUGAAGUAUCCUUUCUGUUUUGCUUUUGUGUGUGUGUGUGUGAAAAUACAGUUAUUGCAGAAUUUCUUUACUAUCGGCUACUUCAAAGUGCAAGUUGUCAGUAAGCAGACACAAACCGUGCGCACAAGGCUGUGUUGCGUGGUGUGCAGUGUCUCACCGCUUGUGGGUAUGUGGAAGAGGACUCUGGCUUUUCACAAGAGGAAACUGGUGAACGGAAGAAAAGCUUAGUAUUAAGCAGCGCCAUGAUGUCUUCACUGUUCCUUUGAGGCAAAGCCGAGUGACACUGGGCUGACUCUAGAAUAAUCCUAUAGUACCUUCUGUGUGGACUUCAUUGAGGGUAGAAUCUCAUUAUAUAAUUUCCUCAACAGGAUGUUGGAGGAUGUUUGUUCCAAGAUCUCUAAAAAUGAAGAGGAAUGCUAAUGAUGAUAGCAAAAGUUGUGUGGCUAAGAAAAUUAAACCGGAAGCAGAAGACCUGCAGUUGGAUCAAGGCAGAGUUGUUUCAGCUGAGGAUUUAGUUACAAAAGCAGCCGCAACACCAGACAGGCCCAGCGAAUCUUGCCCCAUUCCCAGUCCAGCUGGCCACUUGGCCGACAUUUGUUUGGUAGGACUUGAGCAGCAUGCAAAGGACAGUCAUCCUUCUGAAGAGCCUGUGAAGUCAUUUUCCAAAACACAGCGCUGGGCAGAACCUGGGGAGCCUGUCUGUGUUGUCUGUGGUCGUUACGGAGAGUAUAUCUGUGAUAAGACAGAUGAGGAUGUGUGUAGCUUGGAGUGUAAAGCGAAACAUCUUCUACAAGUUCAGGAAAAGGAAGAAAAACUAAAACUCAGCAGUCCACAGAGAGCUGAUCCUGAGCCAGAGUCUGCACUGAAUGCCUUUUAUGUCUACAAAGAGCACCCCUUUAUUUUGAACCUUCAGGAGAACCAGGUUGAAAAUCUGAAACAGCAGCUAGGAAUUUUAGUUCAAGGGCAAGAAGUCACCAGGCCUAUCAUUGACUUUGAACACUGUGGGUUCCCGGAGGCCUUAAAUCACAACCUGAAGAAAUCAGGCUAUGAAGUGCCAACCCCCAUCCAAAUGCAGAUGAUUCCUGUGGGACUCCUGGGAAGAGACAUUCUGGCCAGUGCGGACACUGGCUCAGGAAAAACAGCUGCUUUUCUUCUUCCUGUUAUCAUCCGAGCUUUAUUUGAGAGCCAAGCUCCAUCUGCUCUCGUUCUUACUCCAACAAGAGAGUUAGCUGUUCAGAUAGAGAGACAAGCUAAAGAGCUGAUGAGUGGCCUUCCACGCAUGAAGACCGUGCUGCUCGUAGGGGGCUUACCCUUGCCCCCACAGCUUCACCGUCUGCGACAGCAUGUGAAGGUUAUCAUAGCAACCCCUGGGCGACUUCUGGAUAUAAUAAAACAGAGCUCUGUAGAACUCAGUGGUAUAAAAAUUGUAGUAGUAGAUGAAGCUGAUACCAUGUUAAAGAUGGGCUUUCAACAGCAAGUGCUUGACAUUUUGGAAAAUGUUCCUGAUGAUUGUCAGACCAUUUUGGUUUCAGCUACAAUUCCAACUAGCAUAGAACAACUAACAAGCCAGCUUCUGGAUAAUCCUGUGAGAAUUAUCACUGGAGAAAAGAACCUACCUUGUUCCAGUGUGCGUCAGAUUAUUUUGUGGGUGGAAGACCCAGCCAAAAAGAAAAAAUUAUUUGAAAUCUUAAAUGAUAAGAAACUCUUUAAGCCUCCAGUGUUAGUAUUUGUGGACUGCAAACUAGGAGCAGAUCUGUUGAGUGAGGCCGUUCAGAAAAUCACGGGUUUAAAAAGCACAUCUGUACAUUCAGAGAAGUCACAAACAGAAAGGAAAAACAUACUGAAGGGAUUACUGGAAGGAGACUAUGAUGUUGUAGUGAGCACGGGAGUCCUGGGACGAGGCCUAGACUUGAUCAGUGUCAAGCUGGUUGUCAAUUUUGAUAUGCCUUCCAGUAUGGAUGAGUACGUGCACCAGGUUGGAAGAGUGGGGAGAUUGGGCCAAAAUGGAACAGCGAUUACUUUCAUCAAUAACAAUUCAAAAAGACUCUUCUGGGAUAUCGCAAAAAGAGUAAAACCCACAGGAUCCAUUCUUCCCCCACAGUUAUUAAAUUCCCCUUAUCUUCAUGACCAGAAAAGAAAGGAACAACAGAAAGAUAAACAGACACAGAAUGAUCUGGUUACAGGAGCUAAUCUUAUGGACAUUAUUAGAAAACAUGAUAAAAGUAAUUCUAAAAAAUGAUUUGUUAUGCCACUUGGAAUAAUUUUUUAUUUUGUAUUAUUGGCAAAAUUUCUGUAAAUUGUUACUGUAUGGUUUGAGUAAGUAGAAGUGUACAUGAAACAAAUCUUUAAGAUAUGAUUUUUUAAAACUUAAAAUUUGUACAGCAAUAUUGUAUUUAUUUCCCUACUCAAUUCUUAUAAAUUGUCAGAACUAAUUUUGAAAGGUAAAUGUGAAAUGUCUAUUUAUAUUCUCAGUUGUUUUCCCUUCAGCUUGGCUGACAGUAUAAAAAUAAAGUCAACUUAUGUUAAUGUUG